AUGGUAGCCCGCAUUGAGGUCCUGAGCAUCUCCAAUCUCGACGCCUUCUACUACUACUCAGAUCCUUCGAAUAACGUAUUCAAGAUGUCUAAGUUAUCUUGGUUCGGUGCUUACCCCCUUAAGAAAUUCCCGACGCCCGUCCUCAAGCCCUAUGCUCCCUUCUACGUUGCCGGCUUAAUCAUCCUCUACGGUGUUAACGCGGCGCAAAAUGCCAUGAUGAAGUCCGAUGAGUGGAAGAACGACCCGCGCAACCCGUACGCGAAGUCUGGGGGACAUUAG